AUGGAUGGCCCAUUAUUAAAAGGAAAAGCCAAUGAUUUUGCGACCAAACUAGGAAUAAAAGACUUCUCAGCUAGUAACGGCUGGUUUCAGGGUUUUAAAAGACGACAUGAUAUAGUUUUUAAGAAAUUAUCCGGAGAAAGUAAAUCUGUGGAUGUAAGUGUAUGCAAUCAGUGGACCAAAGAUCUGCCGAAUCUUUUAAGGGAAUAUGAUCCAGAAGACAUUUACAAUGCAGACGAGACUGGUUUAUUUUUUAAGUGUCUACCAGACAAAACUUUUGCCUUUAAAGAAGAAAAAUGCCACGGAGGAAAACAAAGUAAGAAACGUAUUACUGUUCUUCACUGCGCAAAUAUGACUGGAACGGAUAAAUUGCCUUUACUUGUCAUCGGAAAAUCAAAACGACCUCGAUGUUUUAAAGGUGUAAAAACUCUACCUGCCGAUUAUGAAAACAACUCAAAGGCUUGGAUUAGUGAUGGACGUGAGCGAGAAAUGUAG